AUGCCGCUUGACGGUGUGGGCUUUGUCGCCGACGGGGAUGGAGGCCCGCGCGGCGCUGACUCUCGAAAGGAGCUCGACGACGACGGCGUGCUAAGUCUCGGCGACUACUCCAGCAGCUCCAGCGGCUGCAGCAGCGGCUCGGAGGAAGUGGAGGACUUUUUCUUCUGCGACGGCGCGGCGGCGGCGUCUGCGCCCGGGUCGCCGCCGCGGUCUCCUCUCGCCCGACGGCGACGGGCGAGCGGCUCCGAGGCUCCCGGCUUCUCCGCCGCGGAGGGCGGCGAGUCUGCGGGAACGGGAUGCGGCGGCUUGUCUCGCCUCGCGUCUGUGGCAGCCGCUUCGCACGCCCGGCGGCCGCGGUCGGAGCCGCGCAUCUGGUGGGGCGGCGGCCUGCGCAGAGGUCUCCCCGUGGCUGAGGUCCUGGUGCGCUACCCCGAGAGGCUCUGCGGCGUGCCGCUGCCACCGCUCGAAGAGCUCAAGUCGCACUGGCGCGAGCUCGGCGCCCUCGCUUUCUGGAAGCUCUCAUCCGCGAAAGACGGCAGCGGCGUCGCGCAGCUCCGGGACAACAACAGCCGCACCUUCUGGCAGAGCGACGGGGCUACACCCCACACGGCCACGCUGACGUUCAAUCGCCUCAUGCGCAUCUCUCGAGUAGAUCUCCUCCUCAAUCUGCACGCUGAUGAGUCCUAUACGCCCCGCCUGGUGCAGAUAAAGAUCGGCGACACGCCGACGAGUCUGCACGUGGCGAAGGAGGCAGAGUACGAGCCGCGGAGCCGCGAGGAAGGCGACGCUUGGUGGACGCUUCCGCUGCGUCCCAAGGAUGCGCUUCGAGCGAAGUACGCAGGGCGCUUGCCGUUCGAGAGCGAGCCCAGCGAGGAGCUGCGCUGCUUCUACGACUGGCUGGAGCAAAUCGAUUACGUCAGCGGUUUCUGCCUUCAAAUUGCGGUUCUCCACACGUUCCACGAAGGCCGAGACGUCCACAUACGACAGAUUCGCAUUUACGGCCUGGAUGAGGGCGACGGUGCGCGGCCGCUCCUUCUGGCUGGGGGCGGGCAGGCGGUGGUCGCGACGACGGAGGGUGACCUUUUCUCGAGUGAGGCUCUGGCGUCAGGCCUCUCGGCGUUUCCCUCGCUGACGCCGUCACAGCAGGCGUUUCCGCCGCGAAGCACGCGGUCGCUGGGCUCGCACGACCCCGAAGGGACAGGGGACCGCGACGAGGAGGAAGGCGCGAUGAGCGACGGCGAGCGAACGGACGCGGGCGGGGAGGACGCGCGUCGGGAGCCGGGAGACGUCGCAGCCUACCUCAUGCACAUGUACCGCCGCGCCCAACUGACGCGCCAGCGAGAUUCAGAGGCCGGCGGCGCAGAACCUGAGGUAGACGCGCGCGAACUACGUGGAGGUGAGGCGGGGUUGCAGCGCGUCGAGAGCGGAGUCAGCGCGCCCUUCGAGGCGGGCGUCGCGUCAGAAGUGGAGGCGGGAAAAAGAAGGGCACUGGUCCGCCUUGCCAGGCGCGUUCCUACCAUUUCUUAA